AAGUACAUGUCCCAGUCAUUUCCAUAAUUCAUCAUAAAUUGUGCAAGGGUGCUAUAGACGCACAAAACGACCAAGAGCCACAAAUCAAGCACACAUAUCAAAAAACAAAUGAGCUCUUAUUUUGUAAACUCAUUUUGCGGUCGCUAUCCAAAUGGCCCGGACUACCAGUUACAUAAUUAUGGAGAUCACAGCUCGGUGAGCGAGCAAUACAGGGACUCCGCCAACAUGCACUCCGGCAGGUACGGAUACGGCUACAAUGGCAUGGACCUCAGCGUCGGGCGCUCUGCUUCCACCCACUUUGGUGCCAAUGAGAGACCCCGCAGUUACCCGGCCAACACCACCUCUGCCUCGACAGAGCCCAGGUACAACCAGCCCGCGACGUCUUCCCACUCGCCUCCCCCUGACCCUCUGCCCUGCACCGCCGUGGCCGGUUCGCCUGUCAGCGAGAGUCACCACGGGGUGAAAAACUCCCUCGCCAACUCCACCAGCACUUCGUCCAAUUCCAGCAGCAACACGCACAUCAGCAGGGACGGGGUUGGCACCUCGUCUGGGACUGAGGAAGACACUCCAGCAAGCAGCGAGCAGGCAAGUGCCCCGACCGACCAAAGCACAGCCCAGCCUUCACAGCCCCAGAUCUACCCCUGGAUGCGAAAACUGCACAUAAGUCAUGACAACAUAGGGGGACCAGAAGGGAAAAGGGCUCGGACUGCUUACACCCGAUAUCAGACCUUGGAGCUGGAAAAAGAAUUUCACUUCAAUAGAUACCUGACCCGCAGAAGAAGGAUUGAAAUAGCACAUGCUCUUUGCCUCUCAGAGAGACAAAUAAAGAUCUGGUUCCAAAACAGGAGAAUGAAAUGGAAAAAGGAUAAUAAGCUGAAAAGUAUGAGCAUGGCAGCUGCAGGAGGGGCAUUCCGUCCCUAAGCAUUUGAUCAAUUAAAAGUACUGAGCAGUAUUAGCUGACCCUGCGUCUCAUGUCAGUACUAAGUUGACUUUCUAAAACUUCCUUGUGUUACUUCUGUGAAGAAACCCUGUUCUUGUCGCCCUUAUUCAUCUUUUAAUCAUGAGCCUGUUUAUUACCAUUCUCUCGCGUGUAUAAGUAGAUCUGCUUUUAUCGUACAUUUCUUUGUCUUGAAUGGCUUUGUCUUGAAAAAAAUAAUAGAUGUUUUAACUUAUUUAUAUGAAGCGAGAUGUGUUACUUGAAGUAACUGUUAAAAAAAGCAAAACAAAAAAGAAAAAAAAAGGAAAAAGAGAGAGAGAAAGAAACCCUCCCCCGGUUUAGUACAAAUGUUAUGUGUUGCACUCAACCUGCUUAACUGUGCAUGUGUGGUCAAGUGUUAAUGUCUGUAUAGCUCCAAGCUGUUAAAAAUAUUUUUAUUCAAACUACCUAUAUAAUUCCUGUGUAAUUAAUGCUGUUGUAGAGGUGAAAUGAUGAAAUCAACUGAACUUGUCCUACGUGUAGUGAAUAGUGAAUCUGUGACGAAAACUGUGAUUCCAAGCAGUAUGUCCUUGCUGUGCCUUUGUAUAUGACUCUUUGCACGAACUCUUAGAAGUGGCUCUUAUUAAGCGCAGCUUCUGUGAUGUAUGUUUUUUUUUGUGAACAAAGUUACAAAUAUAGUCAAAGUCUGGCUGUUUGAGCAAACUGUGAUCAGCUUUUUUUUUUUUUUGUAUUUGU